GAACUCGCCCCUCUAUUUCUUCUUCCUCCUCCUCUCUUAUACUAGCGAAUCUUCUUCAGUAGUGCUUCUGAUGCUUCUGAUUAUCAUUGGGUCAAAUAAUCAAAGCAGAAUUUCUCGAUUCAUUCUUCAAUGAAGUGAUGGCGACUUAUCCCGAUUUGCAGUUAAUUUACCUAUGUUUUACUUUGAACCACCAAACCAAGUAGGGUAUUUUUUGUUUAUUAUCUUUCAACAGCUUAGAUCCCAUUAACUUGCAACUUGCAUUCGUCAACGGUGCCGCUCUCUCUCUCUUCUCUUUCUUGAUCUUUCUCGGUUUUUUUGGCUACAGGAUUCUAAUCCAAAUAGUUUCUUUUUAUUUUUAAAUUUUCUCGAAGUGGCUGUUAUUUUAUUCGAUCAUUUUUGUUUUCAUCUAGGGACAGCGGUCGUGUUGUUUACACUUGUAGCGGCCGUGUCUUUAUCUGACCCAUGUAAUUUCGGGUCAUCAUUGAGCUUGUUGGAGGAAACUGUUGAGAGUUAAUGGCGGAACAGAUCGGUCCAAGGUUGUACAGCUGUUGUAAUUGUAGAAACCAAGUUUCACUCCACGACGAUAUAAUUUCCAAGGCUUUUCAGGGAAGAAAUGGCAGAGCUUUUCUGUUCUCCCAUGCAAUGAAUAUUGUCGUAGGGCCAAAAGAAGACAGGCAUCUCCUGACUGGACUGCACACAGUUGCUGAUGUUUAUUGUGGUGAUUGCCGUGAAGUGUUGGGUUGGAAGUAUGAAAGAGCUUAUGAAGCAUCGCAGAAGUACAAGGAAGGGAAGUUCAUCCUUGAGAAGUCAAAAAUCGUGAGGGAGAACUGGUAGUAUAUAUAGCAUUCCCUGAUGCUCCUUAAUCCAUUCAUUCCAGCCUUGGAAGUAGAUUAUUUCAUGCUUCAUGAUGUCCGUCUUGUACAGGAAUUUCUCACCCAUUCUAAAUCUGCCAUUGUUUAUCCAAUUUCUUUUAUUUUCUGGUGUUGUGACUAAAAGUUGUAAGAUAUGAUGAAUUUGUUCCCUGUUAAUAAAAUUGUGUAUUUGCUAGCUUUA